UUUCACAGGAAGUUGGUUCAGUGAGUUACUCAAAAUGGCGGACGACGAAACCAAUGCGAAGAAGGGAGGUUUUUCUUUUGGUUUUGCCAAGAAAAUUGACAGCAAAAAAUUACAAAAUUCGGUUGCCAGCGAUUCAGAAAAGAAAAAGGAGGAAGAAACAGAUUUUGUGUACUCGUUCGAGGGUAAGGAAGUCAAAAGCUCAAAACCAAAAGAUACAGCCCCGCAGGCAUUUGUUAUUCCGUUGAUAAAGAGCAAUAACUGGAGAACUCAGUUUUUGGAGAAGAAAGACCAGGUAAAGGAAGAAUGUGAUAAGACUAACACAAACGACAGCAAAGGCAUUGCACCCGACAUUGCACCCAAAGUAGAGAAAGGAAACCUGACUCUGAUAGAACAGGCGACAAGAGAAAUUAUCGAAGCAACUGCACUUGAAAAUCAAAACUGGGAGGGGCGCGGGCAGCCGGAUCCAAGUUUAAGCGUUCCUUUACUUGUUCGUAAUAAGGUUCCCGAAGGUUUCGAAACAGAUGAUAAACUUGAUGUGUCCUUGAGGCCGGAUGGUCCAGAAGAUGCUGACUAUGAACAAAUACCAAUAGACCAGUUUGGGUUUGCGAUGUUGAGAGGUAUGGGGUGGAAGGAUGGCGAGGGCAUUGGUAAAAACAAGGAACUGGUCCCACCACCCGAGGCAAUAUUAAGGCCUAAAGGACUUGGGCUUGGUGCAGAUAAAAGUAAAACAUUACAGAAGAAAAAUGGUGCUGUCUCUGAAAAGGGUCAUGAUAAAGAUGACGAACUUGAGUUGAAGAAGGGUGCAUUUUGCUUAAUAACUAAAGGCACUAGCAGAGAUAUGUAUGGAGUUAUUGAAGGUUUAGAUGAUGACAAUGCAAGGACUAUGGUGAAAUUAACACUAAGUGGCAAAAUUGUGACAAUUUCCCAGUAUUCAAUUGAACUUGUGUCAAAGAAAGACUAUGAGAAGUUUUCAAAGUAUCUCAACAAGGGAAAAGUUGAUAAGUAUAAGAAAGAACAGGAAAAGAAGAAAAAAGACAAGCAUAGAUCUAGAAGUAGAAGUCCCCAUGAAAAAAGCAGAAGGAAGAAAUCUCACCGGGGUCACAAUAGAAGUCCACACGAUGACAGAAAACUUCAUGAUCGCAGUAGAAGUCCACAUGACAGAAAACAUGGCGAUAAUAGUCCGCUUGUAAGAUACUCAAGCCCAGAUAUGGAGCGCUCAAAACACAUGGAACAUGACAGAAAGAGGAAACACAAAUCCAGCAGAGACUUGUCUGAUGAUGAAACUACUUUGGUCAAACAAAGUUCAAGUUCCCAUAGGCAUAUGCCAGAGGAUAAAAAAGCAAAAAGAGAAAACGGGCACACAGAAAAUGGUAUUUUCUUGUGGGCAAGGCCAGACAUUAGGGUUCGAAUUGUUGAUAAAAAGUUUAAGAGUGGCAAAUAUUACAAGUCAAAAGUCAUAGUGGUGGAUGUUAUCAGUGAAGAUAACUGUGUAUGUCGGACAGAGGAAGGGCGAGUACUGGAGGGACUGUCACAAUCAAGCCUUGAGACUGUUAUUCCCAAACAUGAUCAUGCACAUGCUUUGAUUGUCUCUGGAAAGUACAGGGGUCAAAUAGGAGAAGUUGUGAAAAGAAGCAAAGAAAAAUGUGAAGCUUUACUGCAGUUGCUUAGUGACCGAGACAUCGUGCUGAAACUUGGAUAUGAUGAUAUCUGUGAAUAUGUUGGUGACAUAGACCAACAGUUUGACUACUAGUAAUGCUAGUCAUGCUAGAUAAUAGUUUUGAACAUGUUGGACAGAAGCAAAUGUCUUAAUGCAGUUUGAGACAGCAUGUAAACAGUCAGACAGUGAUAGAGCAGUACAGGUGAAAUGUCAUGUAUGACAUGUACAAGGACAUCAGAAAAUAAAAUCUCUUUGUAACAGUUAUGGUGAACAUUGGCAUGACAAGGGGUGUAAUUAUUUGACUCUAUGUAUUCCCAUCUUGACCCUGCUGUUAUGGUGACCCCCCUCCUAGCCACAAAUCCAAUUCGUCAGAGAACUAGUAUUUGUUUCGUCUUAUAUAUCCUGAUGCUGAAAUUAGAAACUGUCAUGAUACUGCAAUGUAUUGCCAAACAUUGUGAUACUGUUACCAGAUACCAUGGCUACCACAAUUAUUUUACUAAGUAAUAUUUCAGGACAAACAGACUGAUCAAACUGAACUGACCAUGAUGAAAUAAAUAUAAUAAGAAGUUUUGUUCACUUCAAAUGUUUUGUCUUUCAUAUGGUUGUGACAUUCCCCAAGUACAUGUACAUUAAAGUACCCCAUGUCUGAUUUCUGCACUGUUUUUUGAAACUAUGGAUUUGUCAGAGAUACUACAACUACCCACAUGAAUUGUGAUACUUUUCACUAACAGCACCCACCAUCCGAUUACAUAUAAUUUGGCAAGCCAGUAGGCAAUAUUUGGCAGUAUAUCA